AUGUCGGUUGUGUUUGAGAGGCUCGAUUGGAGCGUACGAACUGCUAUGCGUCCCCUCACUACACGUGCAGCGCUCCUGCGCUCCUCCGCAUCUCCUAGAACCCCCUCCGCGCAGCGCGCCCGCCUACCCGUACCUCGACUCCCGCAUUGCCGCUUCUCCAGCACUGAGGCUCCGGCUACCGAGAGGCUGUCACCACGCUGGCUGUCAGAUGUGCGCGCACGAAUCGGCAAAUGCAUCAUGUUUGGCAUCGACGAUGCGCAGACGAGCAAAGCUGGGUCGAUACUACAAGAGGUGUCAUCCGAUUGGCGAGAGUUGCUUGCUGGAAGUGAGGGCUUCUUGACGGGUCAGGAGUAUAGAGGGCUGUACAGACACGAGGUUGCGUGGGGUGAGAUGGAUAGCAUGGGUCAUAUCAACAAUGUCAUGUACAACCGGUACGCUGAGUCGGCGCGCGUCAAUUGGACCCUCAACUUGGCUGCCCAAGACCCGGCGCAUAAGAAGGAAUGGCUGGAGCUGGUGUCACCGAAGAGCGUUGGGUUGAUCCUGAGAAGCAUCAAGACGGACUACAAGUUUCCGAUGAAGUGGCCCGACAGGAUCACUGUGCUCCAUAAGCUUAGGAACCAGCCAGAGCAAGACACGGACCACUUCUUAUUGGAUGUCCUGAUUCUGUCAGAAGCCCACCGGCGUACAGCAGCACGAUGCAUGGAAGACAUUGUGGUCUACGACUAUAGGCGUGCGAAGAAGUCGCCGCUGCCAGGCUUCAUGGUGGACAAGUUCAGGAAGACAUUUGAGCAGCAGGAGCAGGCCAAGGAGAAGAACAGCGCCAGGGUCAAGGCACUGCUAGAGCGAGUGCGGGAGCUCGAGAAGAGCAGUUGGGACAGACCGGAUGCUGUUGAAGACUUGGGCAGUGCAGGAAAGCGAUGA